AUUUAAUAAAGAUAUAGAGUAAGAUUUAGAGAGAAGAAGAGAGUGAUGGAGGGAGAUUCUUUACAUUAGAAACAACCUUUUGAAAAAAUAAAAACUAAGAAACAACAACCUUUAGGUUGGGUGAUUGGCAAAGUUUAAGAAAGAGUACAGCGAGUAUUACAGCGAAGCAUAGCAAUCACUCCUUCCUAUUUGCGCGCCUUUUUCAAAAUCUGACAUCCAACGGUCCAGAUCUAGUCUUCCACAAGUUCCUCCACCUAUAUAACCACCUCACCCUACAUUCCCUUCUUCCUCGCAUUCUUCUUCUUCUUCUUCUUCUUCUCAAACACAUUACAAUACAAACGUGCUUUUCCCUUCUAAUUACACAACAAUGUCGACGGAGAAGGAGAGAGAGACUCAAGUUUACAUGGCCAAGCUUGCUGAGCAAGCCGAGAGAUAUGAAGAAAUGGUUGAGUGUAUGAAGACAGUAGCAAAACUUGAUGUUGAGCUAACUGUGGAAGAGAGGAACCUCCUCUCUGUGGGAUAUAAAAAUGUCAUUGGUGCAAGGAGAGCUUCUUGGCGCAUUAUGUCUUCAAUUGAACAGAAAGAAGAGUCUAAAGGAAAUGAAAACAAUGUGAAACUCAUCAAGAAUUAUUGCCAAAAGGUUGAGGAGGAACUAUCCAAAAUUUGUAGUGACAUUCUUACAAUUAUUGACCAACAUCUCAUUCCUUCUUCCACCGCAGGAGAAGCUACCGUUUUCUACUAUAAGAUGAAAGGUGACUAUUAUCGAUAUCUUGCUGAGUUCAAGAACGAUCAGGAUAGGAAAGAGGCAGCUGAGCAGUCACUGAAGGCAUAUGAGGCUGCUUCAGCCACUGCAAGCACAGAUCUUCCAUCAACACAUCCAAUUCGUCUCGGACUUGCACUCAACUUCUCAGUCUUCUACUAUGAGAUAAUAAACUCUCCUGAAAGGGCCUGUCAUUUGGCUAAACAAGCUUUCGAUGAGGCAAUUGCGGAUUUAGAUAGCUUGAGUGAAGAGUCAUACAAGGACAGUACUUUGAUCAUGCAAUUGUUGAGAGACAACCUUACUCUCUGGACCUCCGAUUUACCUGAGGAUGGAGGUGAAGAAUUCAAAACAGAAGAAGCCAAACCUGUUGAACCUGAGCAUUGAUAUAGCACAUUGGCACUGGACGCUGUAGGGAGGCAUCUAAAGGCUCUGCUGCAAAGAUUGCAUUUUUCAGCUUAUCUUGCAGUUCAUUUCGAACGGGCUUCAUAAUUAUUGUGUUCACCUCACAUCCAACAAAUGUUAUAUAGUUCGACAUGUGACUCUUUUUCUCUCUCUUAUAAUUACCGAAGCUUUCUUUCUACUAUUUUUAUAUAUAUUUCAAGUAAAGUGGUCAUUUGAAGUAAUGGAUGAUUUUUUUUUUUA